CACUGACUGUCACUGAUAGACAGCACUGAUGGGCACUGAUAGGCAGCACUGACUGGCACUGAUAGUUGGCACUGAAAGGCAGCUCUGAUGGGCACUGAUAUGUGGCAUUGAUGUGCACUGAUAUGUGGCAUUGAUGUGCACUGAUCGGCACUGGUAUGUGGCAUUGAUGGACACUGACGGGUGGCAAUUAUGGGCACUGACAAGCGGCACUGAUGUGGCUACACUGAUAAUCAGGGUACUGAUGGUGCUGACAGCGCAC